CCAUUUUUACCAGGACGUCUGCAGCAGCUGUCCACUGGCAUGCCACAGGGAGCGUCACAGUGGUGAUACAGGGAUUCAUAAGUGAAUUGAGGUGUUCGAUCCAGGAAGGUUUGCUCUCACCAUCUCCGGCCCAUCCAGGACCUGCAGCCCCACCAUGGCGGAUCAGUACCAGUACAACGCCAAUGAGGAGAAGAUUGUGAAGGACAGCCACACCAAGGAGAUCGAUUUAAUUAACAGAGACCCCAAGCAGAUCAAUGAUGACGUGGUGAAGGUGGAAUUUGAGGAUGUCAUUGCAGAGCCUGAUGGCACACACAGCCUUGAUGGAGUGUGGAAGCUCAGCUACACCACCUUCACUGUGUCCAAGUACUGGUGCUACCGCAUCUUGUCUGCAAUCUUCGGCAUCCCCGUUGCUCUGCUUUGGGGCUUCCUGUUUGCAUGCAUCUCCUUCUGCCAUAUCUGGGCUGUGGUUCCCUGCAUCAAGAGCUGUGUGAUCGAGUCGCAGUGCAUCAGCCGCAUCUACUCCCUCUGCAUUCAGACCUUCUGCGAUCCUUUCUUUGAGGCCCUGGGCAAGAUCUUCAGUAGUGUGCGUGUUGCACUGCGCAAAGAGGUCUAAGUACUCACACAGUAGUGUUAAUAGUAUGACCGGAUGAAGUGCUGUAUCUUUAUAUACACCAGAAGAUCAGUCCUGGCAUCUUGCUUGUUCCCUGAUACUCCUCCUCCUCCUUUCAUCACAUGCUGUUCCCCACCCUCCCACCCACACUCCUCUCCGCUCUGACUCCUAACAUGCGAGGUGUGCCUUUUGCCACCAGAAGCUCUGUGACAGCUGCAGCAGGCAGCAUGGUUCUCUGACAGUACUGGCACUCCCAGAGGGCUCAGUGCUCCUCACUGAGGGAGAAAUGGGCCGUCUGCCAUGAAGAGGAUCCGUCUGCCCUCAUUUAUUUGUAUCGCGAAAAGCAACUCAUUCACAACAAUUGAAAUCAACUCCCCAACGCUGCUGCACCCAUGGACAAUGCUGCCUGUAUGCAUUACAUAUGGCCUUUGUUAAAACUUAUUUUGUUCCUGUAUGCUACUGUGUGUGGUAUCGUUUGACUUUAUAUUGACUGAAUUGAAUUUGACAGUCAGAGAUGUAACCUUACUCGAAAAGCUUUAACUGAAAGAAAGGAACUGAAAAUGUUUUCUCUAUGUAAUUAGUGUUGUCUGAUUUCAUUAGGUUUUCAAAAAGAAUGUAUUCUGAUAGAUUUCCCUGGUAAUUUGUUAUAACUCCGCAGUGGCUAAUGGAGGAUGGCAGAUUUAAGAAAUAUGUUUGAAACCAACUAGCAGAAAAUCUAUUUCCUUUUAUCAAAGUGUAACAACUGAAAUAUUAAACUUACUUGCUUGCAUAUUUCAGUCAAGUAUGCGUAAACAAAUAUGGACCUAACUACUGAUGCAGCAAAUCAAAAACCUCUCUAUGAGACCAAUUAUUUUGAUUAUGUAGAAAAGUACCUUUGCUGAUUGUGUAUCUGCAGUGUAGAAAGGCAAAUUAUACGUGGGCUGAAACUAAUGUGCACACUUUACAACUGAUAAAACCGUCCUGAUAAUAAGUCUACUGCACCACACUGGUUCGGUGCCUGAUUGAAAGUAUUAAAAUGUGUACUGAUUCAAAUCAUUCAGAGAGACUUAAGAAAUACAUUUUUUUAAGAUUUCUCAAACAUCUUACCGUGUUUCAGUGACUUCUUUAAUGAACUUCAUCUUCAUAUGCUUCUCUCCGGUGAUGAUUCACUGUCACCACACCCAUCUCUGUGUUUCUUUCUGACUGAUUCUUUCCUUUGUUGUGCUUAGAGUUAGAGUUUAUAUGAGCAAAGAUAUCACACUUUGUUGAAGCUUUUUUUUUUUUUUUUGAUUAAUGAAUUGUAACAAUCAGUGCAAGGGAUUUAUUAGGCAAUCUUUGGAGGGACAGUCAAUAUGUUCAGUACAUAAACAUGUUUGGUAUAAUCCAAAUACAACAAAUCCUUUACAAAUA